AUGGCUGACACUGAAAUUCCCAACGACAGCUACAACCGCUACUCGAUGCCGGUUACGCGCUCCCGCACUGGUCUCUACGGCGCCGACCUCGACCAGACUGGCACUGCUCGCUUCCUCUUCGGCGAGGAGGACGCUUCUGGCGAGAACAAGUACGGCCAGGCCAACGGCGACGACAACUUCCCGACUCUGGUUCGCCAGAACGAUCAAAUGAGCUUGUCUGCUAUCAACACGUCUUCGCUCAACGGAGCUUCAUCUGCUGGAGAAAUCGGCAAGCGUUCCUCAGUUCGCCACUCGCUCGACUUGAAGUUCUUCCCGGACGCUCCCUCCGACAACCAGGCUUCCAUUGUCUCUCCUCCCGGCAACCAUCCCGGUAACCACAUCAUGGCUACUCCUCCCAAGUUGCAGAGCUCCUUCUCUGCCAACGAUGUGCCUACCGUCAAGAGCACCACCAACGGCGGCCCUGUUACCAACAACCACGCUCAGCAGCAUUUCCACAACCACAAUGCUAGCAUCGGUCGCAUUCCCGCUGGCGCCGUUCCCGGCCGCCACAGCCGUGAACUGUCCAACGACAACAACAUGGGCGGCCCUCGCGAGCAGGCUGGUUCUUACCCUUCCAUUCAGUCGGCUCUUCAGGCCAAUGCAGCUCCUUUCGGUCCUGGUGCUCCGGGUCAAGGCUUCCCUCACACCUCUCAGGGCAACCAGACCCCCAACGGCACCGCCACUGCUGGUCCGAACAACGGCUACGGUGGAUUCUACCCGAGCGGCUACGUCUCGCCCAACAACAACAACAACAACAACAACGGUCCUCCCCCCGCCUCUGGCCCUGGCCCCUACGGCGUCCCUCUCUUGGCCAUGAGCAUGCAGAAUAUGAACCUCAAUGGCAACAACAACAACAACAUGUACCCUGCUCAGAACUACGCUGGCUAUGGCGCUCUGUACAACCCUCAGCCUCAGCCCCGUGAUAGCCAGGCCCGUGUCAUUCAACAUCGCCGCCAGAUGGAUAAUGAAGCCAUGUCGCGCUACAACGGCCUCGCUCUCGAGAACGUUGGUGGCCAGAUCUAUGACCUCUGCAAGGACCAGCACGGCUGCCGCUAUCUGCAAAAGAAGCUCGAAGAGCGCAACCCGGAGCAGGUCCACAUGAUCUGGCUGGAAACCAACCAGCACGUCAUUGAGCUCAUGACUGAUCCUUUCGGCAACUACCUUUGCCAGAAGCUGCUGGAGUACUGCAACGACGAUGAGCGCACUGUGCUCAUUCAGAAUGCCGCCGUCGACAUGGUUCGCAUCGCCCUCAACCAGCACGGCACCCGUGCUCUUCAGAAGAUGAUUGAGUUUGUUACUACUCCGACCCAGAUUGAGAUGAUCAUCAACGCUCUUCGCUUCCAGGUCGUUGAGCUCAUCCAGGACCUCAACGGCAACCAUGUCAUCCAGAAGUGUCUCAACAAGCUCAGCGCUCAGGAUGCGCAGUUCAUCUUCGACGCUGUCGGCACCAACUGCGUUGAUGUUGGCACUCAUCGUCACGGUUGCUGCGUUCUCCAGCGCUGCAUUGAUCACGCGUCCGGAGAGCAAAAGGUCUGGCUGAUUGCCAAGAUCACCGAGCACGCUCCGAUCCUGGUGCAGGAUCCCUUCGGCAACUACGUUGUCCAGUACAUCAUUGACCUGAACGAGCCCUCCUUCACUGAGCCGAUUGUGCGUAUGUUCCAGAACCGCAUCGGCCAGCUCUCCCGCCAUAAGUUCAGCUCCAAUGUCAUCGAGAAGUGCCUUCGUUGCUCCCAGGAGCCUUCCCGCGAGAUGAUUGUCGACGAGCUCCUGAACCCCGGCGAGAUUGAGCGACUCCUCCGCGACUCGUAUGCCAACUACGUGAUCCAGACCGCCCUCGAGUACGCUCCUCCUGCGAGCAAGUACCGCUUGGUGGACGCCAUCCGCCCCAUCUUGCCCUCCAUUCGGUCUACUCCCUAUGGCCGUCGCAUCCAGGCCAAGAUCCAGGCCUUCGAGGGCCGUGGUAGUGCCACCUCGAGCGGUCAGGUUACUCCUGCGGACCCCACUCAGGGCCAGAUUCCCUUGCGUCCCGGUCACAACCGCGCCAUGUCCAACAACACCUCCAUCAUCGCUCCUGGCGGCGCCUUUGGCAACGGUCUGAACGGUGGUCUCAACGGCGGUGGCAUGGCUCCUCGCGGCAACCAGGCCAACUACCCCACGACCAACAACGUCACUGUUCCGCCCCCCGCUCCCCAGAACCAGCGUGUCCAGCAGUUUGGCUUCACUGGCCAGCAGCGCACCAACGGUGGCGCCCCUGCUGACGCGGCUGCGGGCGAGUCUCAGUGGCUGUAA